AUGUCGACUACUAUUGCAGAGCACGUUCUAAGCUGCUUCGAAAGCUUCAAAUCGAUCCGUGCCGCUGAGCACUCUACGAAGUCGGAAUGUAAGAUAAGGGACCAACUGCCGAGAUUCAAGGUCUGGACAGGGAAUAUAGGAGCCCAUCAGCGAGGGAAGAGUUCUCUGGACUACCGACUCCGAGAUGCAUCCCAUCUCACUUCUCAAGUGAAGAACUUGCUUCAAGAUCUAAAGAGUUCAUUAGACAAUGCUUGUUCGAUCUUGGAUGGCUCAAAGUUACCCUGGGAUGAGGAAUUGUCAGAAGAUGACGAUGACGAUGACGAUGACGAUGAUUAUACAAAGGCCCCGGAAGACGACAACAUUGGGUUCACGACGGAAAUGGAUCAGAUUUCUGCCGACGUCGCCGAGGUGAUCAAUUGCUUGAUGAACCUAUCAGUAUCGAUCCGCAACCCGGCACCCCACGACCGAUUUCGUGGAUCAAUCAAGACGGAUGCCUCAUUCUACGAGCCAUCAGACAUUGCUCACGUAAAAGCAAAAUAUGCGAAUGCUGAUCCGAAACUCGUAACACUACUUGGAAAAGCGAACACUCGAAGGCGCCAGUAUUUCAAGUAUCGAGAGUCGCACCAUCAGAAGCUAUCCCGAAAUCUAGACCUGGAUUAUGAUGCGCACAAGUCAAGAUCCGAGCAACAAAGUACAAUUGCGUCUUCUAUCCCUGCUGCGAUCAAAGCAGAACCAUUACACCUUGCUGAUACUGUGGAUGCGGACGAGCUGUCAGACAGUGGGUUCACUCAAACAUCCUACGCCUCGUCGGCGCAGACUUCAGACCGGCCACGGCUCCCGGCAUUACCUUCCCAUUCUGCCGAUGGACCAUUUCAGUGUCCUUUCUGUUUUAUGAUGAUAACCGUCACGACUUCAUACGCUUGGAGGAAACACAUAUUCGCAGAUCUACGACCAUAUAGUUGCGUAGCUGUAGAUUGUCCGAUCGCAGGGGCUGAGUUCGGACGUCGGCAUAAGUGGAUGGAACACAUGCUACAGAACCACUGGCGCGAAUGGCAUUGUACGUUUUGUGUACAUGAGCCGUUUCCUUCCACAACGAGUCUCCAGAACCAUCUGCGAUUUGAACAUGCAAAAGAGGUUCCCAAAAGCGACGUGAAAUCAGCCACCAUCCUUUGCGAGCGACUCAAGGCUUUCGACUGCGACACGAAAUGUCCUUUGUGUCAUAUCCUCCUCGAUUCACUUAAAAAAUAUCGACAUCAUGUUGGCCAGCAUCUCGAGGAUAUCGCUUUAUUUGUCCUGCCCCAGGUUCCUGCCGAAGACAUAAUCUCAGAUGAUGGAGGUAGCAGAAGCGGUAGUGGACUGGGGUCAAGUUAUAUGAGAAGUGAAUAUGAAGACCUUGUGUCAGACCAGGAAGACGUGCGUCAAAAAGAAAGAAUCAGUCAUGAUGGUGGUUUUAAAGCAGAACGAUUCAAGAAGGAUGAAGUCGCGGACGCAGUGAUAGCCGCGGAACCAAACGCAAUUUUGCUUGGACGGGAAAAUGACACUCCCUUCACUACACUAGGGACCUUUGAGGACUUCGCUGCCUUAGAAGGAUCAGGUAUGGCAGAUGCAUCACAAACUACGCCAAAACAAGCGGCAGAGAGAGAUAUCGACGAUUGGAUGAGCCUAGCUGCUACUUUCGAAGAAAGUAGUGAACUAGAGAAGAAGUGGGAUGUGGAUAGCCUGUUACUCCAACGGAGACGCGCUGUCUAUGAAGGACACAUUCCAGGGCUGAUCGCCAAGUACGGAUCGAUGGAAGAUAUACCAUUCCACAUUUUUGAGAAAUUCCGGGCUUUUUGUCACCGGAGAGCUGAGGAACAAGCGCAGAAAAUUCUUCAGUCUCAGGAGAGGGCCAGACUGGAAAAGGACUUCGCCGCGUUUUGGGCUAGGAUCAAAGCACACCCGGACACAUAUGUCAUGACACACGAAGAAUUCGACAGGUUCAGCAAUUUAUUAUCCCAAUUUGGAGAUUCCAAAACUGUUUCGGCCGCCAUGGAUCGAUACCAUCAGUCAUUAAAUAGCAAAAGGCCAGAUCUACAGGGUUCUGCGUCUGGUCCGAUAGUCAGAGUGGAGCAAAAUGAGAGUGAACCAGAGCCCAGCGCUGCUUUACCUUCAGCCACUAUGUGGCUCCGCCAGCCAACACUGCCUUCUGAAGAUGGUUUCACUGAAAUUGAAAGGGAUCAAAGCCCAGAGAAACAUGGUGGCACAACAGCAUGGGAUCAGUAUCAUGCUAAUUUGCAGCUGUUUGGUCUCAAACCUGAUCAGUACAACGAGACAUCACCGAGCUUCAGAGUCGGUGAGCCGGGGAAUGACGUGCCCCAAUCAUCUGCUCCGAGUGAUCCUUUCAACAUGUUCAAACUCGUGGACAAUAUAGGGGCACCAGAGGUGCCCGAGAGCGAUCCCAAAAUCGCUGAUCGCCCGAGCGAUGCCACCUCGAAAUCUGAAUACGAGCCUUUUGAGCCGGCCACAUUUGGGGACGGCUCAAACAUGGCAGCAUCAUCACUCAUCCAGGGCCAUCAGACGGAUAAGCAGCCACGAAUGCUCACCACAAAAGAAGACGCAAACUAUCAAUGCGAGGUAAAUGGUUGUGGGAAGCACUUUAGCAAGAGCUACGACUAUAAGGCGCAUUUGGAAACCCAUGAUGAGAACAGAGAAUAUCGAUUUCUUUGCCUAAUUCCCGGAUGCUCCGAGAAGUGCGAUUUCUGCGGCCGUUUAUUCGCGAGAAAGGACACAUUAAGAAGGCACAUGGAAGACGGAUGUUCUGAGCGUUUCGACAUCGGCGCCCCUGAUCGACGUUCCAGAGGCUACGACACAUCGGCAUACUCCUCUCUCCAAAUGACAGCCCAAGCUGAAGAUGUGCAACCAGCCGACGAAAGGAAGAUUAAUGAUGGCGCCUCAUGA